AACUUUUAUUGAAUUUCCAAUUUCUCUGUCGGUUCAUUAAUGUUUAUUAUUACAACAAAUAUACUUAUAAUUAUCGAGAAGUAAACGACUAACAUAAACACACAAAGUUUUGUUGAAAAUGCAUGACGAUCGUUAUAAAUACAAUAUUUGUGGUACCUAGUAACAAACAGUGUUUUGACGGAAUAUUGUAUUGGAGGAACUUGGCUGCUAGGUUUGUAGCCGCGUCGAUAGCGAAAAUUUUCACAGACGUUUCGCAUUUAUCAGUGGCAGUUAGUAGGUCACCGCUACCCCCUGAUGAUGGCGACUGCACGGUAGGUCGAAAACUUCUGUGAAAUCUGCUUCAACCCGGAAGCCGAGCGACGCGAGACAAUUGGUCGCGAAAGCCUGAGAUCCUUAUUAAGAAAGUCGGCUUGCGUUAGUUCGUCGGGAGCCGCAAAGGUUCGCCCCUCCCGUGAGCGCGGGGAGGGGUGUCGGGUGGAGGGGAGCGGGGAAACUGCUCGCCGCGCCACUCCCGCUGUGGUAGCUGCGCCGGGAGCACCCUGACGAGGGGCCGAGAUGCGAGGGGCGGAGCGGCCGGCGCGCCGCGGCGUGCUCUUCUACGUGCUGGUGUGCGUGUGCUGCCUGCUGGCGGUGCUGUGCGUGUGCCUCGUGGUCAGCGUGGUGCUGCUGCGCGCGCACAUGGACCCCGCCCCCGGGGGCCCGAGGCGCGUGGGGCCCGCCUCGCUGGGCCGCGCCUCCCACCUGGACGAGCUCAUGCUAGGGGACGAGCCCCCGGAGGCCGGCUGGCAGGACGACUACCGCCUGCCCGCCGACGUGCGCCCGCUCAGCUACGACCUGCUGCUGAGACCAGACCUGGAGGCCGGCACCUUCAGCGGCUCCGUGGCGGUGUCCUUGGAGCUGCAGGCGCCGCGCUCCUGGCUCGCGCUCAACGCCAAGGGGCUGGCGGUGACGGCCACGCGACUGACGACCGCCUCGGGGGACGAGGUGCCUCUGGCCGACAGCUUCGAGUACACGCCGCACGAGUUCUGGGUGGCGCGCGCCGCGUCGCGCCUGGCCCCGGGCCGCUACCGGCUGCGCGCGGACUUCUCGGGCCGCCUCACGGGCAAGAUCGUCGGCUUCUACCGCAGCGUGUACACCGACCCGCGCACCGGGGAGAAGCGGCUGAUCGCUACGUCCAAGUUCCAGCCCACAUACGCGCGACAGGCGUUCCCCUGCUUCGACGAGCCGAGCUUCAAGUCGACCUUCAACGUGAGCCUGGUGCGCCCCAGUAGCGGCUACUCCGCGCUCUCCAACAUGGACCAGGUGGGGGAGGUGGAGGACUCGCCCGGGCCAGGCCUCACGACGGUGCAGUUCCGGACCUCCGUCCCGAUGGUCACCUACCUCACCUGCUUCAUCGUCAGCGACUUCCAGAGGCUGCCGCCCACCCAGGUGUCCCAGGGCUUCCCCUUCAGCGUGUACUCGACCCCGGCGCAGGUGGGCAAGACCCGCUUCGCCCAGGGGCUGGGGUCGCAGGUCACCGAGUACUACAUCAAGUACUUCGGCAUCCCCUACCCGCUGCCGAAGCUAGACCUGAUUGCGAUCCCGGACUUCGUGUCAGGUGCCAUGGAGCACUGGGGGCUGGUGACGUUCCGCGAGACCGUGCUGCUCUACGAUGAAGCCAUCAGCUCGACCACGAACAAGCAGAGAGUGGCGCUGGUCGUGGCCCACGAGUUGGCGCACAUGUGGUUCGGCAACCUCAUGACCCUGGACUGGUGGUCGGACCUGUGGCUGAAUGAAGGAUUCGCGACUUACAUGGAGUACAAAGGAGUCGACAGCGUCCACCCUGAGUGGCGUGUGAUGGACCAGUUCCUGGUGGAAGAGCUGCACCCCGUGCUGUCCCUGGACGCCGCCCUCAGCUCCCACCCCAUCGUCCAGAGCGUGGGCCACCCGGACGAGAUCACCGAGCUCUUUGACACCAUCUCCUACAACAAGGGGGCGUCUGUGAUCCGCAUGCUGGAGGACUUCGUGGGCGAGGAGCGGUUCCGGCUGGGCCUCAGCAGCUUCCUGAAGAAGUUCUCGUUCGCCAACGCGCGCACCCAGGACAUGUGGGACGCCCUGCAAGAGGUGUUCCCCGAGGCCAACGUGACGCGGGUCAUGGACACGUGGACGCGGCAGAUGGGGCUGCCCGUGGUCUCCGUCGAGCGGCUCGCGCCCGGCCGGCUGCGGCUGGCGCAGCGUCGCUUCCUGGCCGACCCCGACGCCGACGCCAGCGCGCAGGCCAGCCCCUUCCGUUACCGCUGGGACAUCCCUGUGUCGUACGUCACCGCGGACUCCAAGGAGGUGAAGAGGACCUGGUUCUUGAGCGACCAGGACAGUGUGACCAUCACGGUGCCGGAGUCUGUCGCCUGGGUGAAACUCAACCACCACCAGCACGGCUACUACCGCGUCAACUACCAACCCGACCAGUGGGCAGCGUUCAGGUCCGCCCUCAACAACAACACAUCCGCCCUGGACGUCCCAGACCGGGCGAACCUCCUGGACGAUGCCUUCAGGCUGGCCAACUCGGGCCUGCUCGACUACGGGACGGCCCUCGACCUGUCGCGCUACCUGCGGCGGGAGACGGAGUACGUGCCCUGGGCCGCCGCCUCGUCCAACAUCGCGUUCCUGCGCUCCAUGCUGUCCGGCACCACCGCCUACCCCAAGCUGCGGAAAUAUGUUAGACACCUCAUACACGAUAUUUAUAAUGAAGUUGGCUGGGAAGUUACUCCAGAUGAAAGCCACCUGAAAAAGCUGCUCCGGGUGAAAGUGCUGUCGCUGGCCUGCGCCUACGGCCUGCCCGAGGGCUUGGCGGAGGCCGGCCGGCGGUUCGCGGCCUGGGUCUCCGACCCGGGACGCGUGGGGCGCCCGCCUCCGGACCUGCGCUACAUCGUGUACCAGUACGGCAUGUACGCGACGAGCAGCGAGGUGACCUGGGACAAGCUGUGGGACGUCUUCUUGCGGGAGACGGACGCCCAGGAGCGGCUGAAGCUGAUGAGUGGCCUGGCGUCCGUGCCGGAGCCCUGGCUGCUGCAGAGGUUGAUUGAGUACGGCAAGAACGAAUCAUACGUGCGUUCCCAGGACUUCUUCACGCUGUUGCAUUUCAUCUCCAACAACCCUGUCGGCAACCCGAUUGUGUGGGAGUUCAUCAGGUCGGAGUGGCAGUACCUGGUGGAGCGGUUCACCCUGAACGACCGCUACCUGGGCCGCAUGAUCCCGCAGGUGUGCGGGGGCUUCGCGUCGCAGUUCAAGCUGCAGGAGAUGGAAGCGUUCUUCGCGGAGCGGCCGGAGGCGGGGGCCGGCGCCCAGGCCCGCCGGCAGGCCCUGGAGAAGGUCGCCCACAACAUCAAGUGGCACCGGAGGCACCGCGCCGCCGUCGACGAGUGGCUAUCCGCGGCCGUGCGCGACCUCGUGUGACGACCCUGCACGCUCCACCGCUCACGAUUGUUCAGCAAUGCACACUUCACAGAACACUUGCUCACAAGCUCUUUGAAGUUGUCCGCAGCUUCUAAAGCUAAAAAUUGAUUUAUAAAACAGGAAGGUGGUAUACAGUAUUGUUGGGUUAACGAAUUGAUACAGCUUACAUGGUAUUUGUGUACAUAUUUAAUAAAUAUGGAAUAUACUUGAAA